GUUGGGGCGGAACUAAAAUCAGAGAACUUGAGGAUUCUUCGGGUUCCAGGAUAAAGGUUGUAAAGGGAACCUAUGAAGCUGAAGUCAAGAUUUUUGGCAGCGUGGCUGUGCAAAACAAAGCCAAGAUGUUGAUUGAUGAUGCUAUCAGAAGAUGUGGACAAAACUACAUUAGAGGGAAAACCUUGGAUGUUAUCGAGCCUGAAAGUAACCCAAAGAGAUCAGUGAUUAACUGGGCCUCUCUUCGAGAAAACAGAGCUAAAUAUGAAGCUAUGAAGUGGGCAGACUUGCCUCCAAUUGAGAAAAACUUCUAUAAAGAGUCAUCAAGGACUGCAUCUAUGUCACAAGAAGAAGUGGAACUGUGGCGGAAAGAAAAUAAUAAUAUAAUUUGUGAUGACUUAAAAGAAGGUGAAAAGCGCUGCAUUCCCAAUCCUGUUUGUAAAUUUGAAGAUGUAUUUGAGCAUUAUCCUGAUAUUAUGGCUAAUAUAAGAAAAGUUGGUUUUCAAAAGCCUACACCAAUUCAGUCCCAGGCAUGGCCAAUCGUACUCCAAGGAAUUGAUCUUAUUGGUAUAGCACAGACUGGUACUGGGAAGACAUUAGCGUACUUAAUGCCUGGAUUCAUUCACUUGACUUCACAGCCAAUAUCCAAAGAUCAGCGUGGGGGGCCAGGAAUGUUAGUCCUUGCUCCCACUCGAGAACUGGCACUUCAAGUAGAGGCAGAGUGUUCGAAGUAUGCAUACAAAGGAAUUAAAAGUAUUUGCAUAUAUGGUGGUGGGUGCCGAAAAGGACAGAUAGAUGUGGUUACCAAAGGUGUGGAUAUUGUUAUUGCUACUCCUGGCAGACUGAAUGAUCUUCAAAUGAACAACUUCAUAAAUUUGAAGAGCAUAACAUACUUG